AUCCUUCUUCUCAUUCCAGCACAGACCAAGUGAAAGGUGUGUUGACGCUGCAGGGAGAUGCCCUGUGUCAAGCUGAUGUUAAUCUGAAAAUGCCCAGAAAUAAUCAGCUCCUGCACUUUGCAUUUCGGGAAGACAAGCAGUGGAAAUUGCAGCAGAUCCAGGAUGCUAGAAACCAUGUUAAUCAAGCCAUUUACCUGCUUAUGAACAGAGAUGUAAACUACCAGUUCAAAACAGGCUCGGAGGUCCUCAAGCUUAUGGAUGCUGUGAUGUUACAGCUCUCAAGAGCCCGGAAUCGGCUUACAACUCCAGCGACUCUGACUCUACCAGAAAUUGCCUCCAGUGGUCUCACAAAAAUGUUCACACCUGCUCUGCCUCCAGAUAUCCUUGUGAAUUUCUAUAUUAACCUGAAUAAGCUGUGCCUGACUGUCUACCAACUCCAUGUGCUGCAGCCCAGCACAACCAAGAACUUCAAACCUGCUGGAGGGUCCAUUUUACACAACCCUGGAGCCAUGUUUGAGAUUGGCAACCAGCGGUAUGAAGUCAGCCAUGUCCAUAAGGUGGAAUGUGUUGUCCCGUGGUUAAAUGAUGCCCUUGUCUUCUUCACAGUUUCACUGCAGCUUUGCCAGCAACUGAAGGACAAGAUCUCUGUUUUCUCCAGUUACUGGAACUACAGGCCAUAUUAAUUUUCUGUGGAGUAUCCAAGCCCUUACAGUACUUCCAGUGUCUCCGUUUGUUUUCUACAUGCCAGCUGAGUCCAGGUCAGCCUGAGGAGUGCUGUGGUUCACUACCAUGUCGCCCUCUAUCGGGUGGGGUCAGUGUAUCCAGAGACACAACCUUAGUAGCCUUGUCUGGGACUGCUGCAUAAGCACGGCACCAAGAAAUGCUGUGUGCUUGGCAAGAGCUUCCACCUGUCUUUGUUCUCAUGUGCGUUGUGUGGC